UGAGGUUGAGGGAGAGAAGAGUGUCACGUGGUGUGAGGGACAAAGCUGAACAGUUCCAGAGUUGGGCGAAAGUUCCAGGAAGGGCAGUGAAUGACAAGCCGGACAGUCAAGGAAAUCAUUUUGUGCUAUUGUUCAUUCAUACUUGUUCAUCAAGUUCUUUGAGUCUUCAAGGGCAGAAUUUACCUCUAAACAGAAAGAUGGAAACUAAAGUUCAUUUAUUUUGCCAGGGGGAAGAAAAUACUGAUUCAUCAGAUGAUGACUGUAAUUCUUUUGCAUCUGACUUAUUAUCAAGAGAUAUUGACAGCAAAAAGUACAUCAGGUUUUCUAAAAGAACAGAGAAGAGAAUUUCACCUGAAAUUAGGGGUUUGAGCCCAAACCACACAAAAAAGUAUGAGACGUCAAUGUUCCUACUCGGAGAAGAAAAAUCCUCUGACUUUUCAGGAGGAAAAAAAGGCAGGAGGAAGAAGAGUUUACAAGUACAAUUUCAUACUAGAAGAACUGAGGUUGCUCCUUUGUCUGUGAAGGAGAAGAUGACUAGAAAAGAAAGCUCUUUAUGCAAGUUGCCAAGUCAGUACAGCAUUCACAAGACUUUGUCACCUCUUGAUAAGUCUUCCUCAGUUAUUCGGAAAGAUGAAAAACUUUCUAAUCUUUACCAGACACUAUAUGAUGAAGUACCUGAAGGAUGCUGUUACUCAGAAGAAUUAAGCGCACUUCAGAAAGCCUGUAAAAUAUUUAGUAAAAUUCGAGGUGGUAAGAUUUAUGUGAAUGAUCUGCCAAUGAUCCAUCGCAUCUUGAAGAUCUCUAUAAGUGACACAGAAAUGCGAAAGGCACUGAAGACUAUUGAUAUUGAUGCAUUUCAGAAUGCCUUGAAGAUUUUUCACAGGAUAAAAGGUGGUCAAGUUUCAGUUUCUGAAGUGGAUGAAGUGUUGGAUAGCAUGGAUAUCUUGGUAGUCCCUGAAACUUUGCAGGAAGUGGUAAAAUAUGCUGAUAUCAACAGUAAUCAAAUGGUGGAUAUUGGGGAUAUUAUAUUUACUUUGGAUGAACUACAGCAAGAGUAUGAGAAUAUUUCAAUUAUGGAAGGAGCAGCCUCGGAUGAAGCUACUUCAAGAAAGUUUUCAAAUGUGUCAGGAUGCUAUCCACAAUAUAGGAAGAAAAGCGUUUUAGCUUCUGGACUGUCUGAAUCAUCAUUAUUCCAAAAAUUAAAUACAAAGAGCCUCCAAAAUCAUAAAAUGAUGAGUGAGAAUGAUGACUAUGAAUUUAAAAGACCAAAAAAUAUUUUGCAAAUAAGAAGAUUCCAGGAUGAGGUUGAUAGCGGUGAUAUAGAGUUCCAGGAACCAUAUUCAAAGGAUGGCAUGAACUUUAAGAAAAGUUCAGAGAAAGUUGAAAUUCAUGACUCAAAGUCUAAACCACAAGACUUGAAGCAUGUUUCAGGCCUCAAAAAGACUCUGGAUAAAAGUGAUAUUUUUAGUAUCCCAAAACUUCAGAAGCCAGCUGUGAGAAGGAGCUCUAGCCUUCUAAAACAAGUUUCAUCUAAGGAAAAAACUGCAGUUAAUGCUCUGGGAAGUGUCUGUGAAACUAUCAAAAAACUCCAAGAAAAUUACAUUGAUGCAGAAGAACUUCAGUCCAUUUUGCCUUCAAUAGGAAUUACUUUAUCAGAUAAAGAGUUCAAGAAGAUUGUGACUGACACUGCUAGAAAUGAAAAUGGAAUGGUGAAAUUAGAUGACUUUGUGAGUGCUGUCUCUAAAGAGCAAACUCUUCCUGAAUAUGACGUGUUGACUGAUGUCAUUAAAGCUAUUGAUAAAAUUAAAGAUGAAAAUAUUGAUUAUGGGGAUCUGAACACUUGUCUUCAAAAUUUAGGAGUUUAUCUUUCUAAGCCAGAAUUUCAGAAGAUCACAGAGUUGACUGAAGUUGGUGAAACAAAAAAAGUGAAUUUUAAACAAUUUGUUGAUACUAUGAUGAGCAACAUGGAACGCUUCUCUGAAAAAUUAGUAUUGCCUGAUACUAUUGAAAACUUCCACAAUCUUAGCAAAGAAAAGAUGAGUGCUCCUGACCUGUGGAAUACUCUGUCUAAAUUGAACAAUAAUUUAAACAAAGAUGAAUUCCUAACUGCACUGAAAUUGGCAACAGCUGAUGAAGGUGACAAAGUACAAAUUGAAGAAUUUGCAAAAGUGGUAAAGGAAAAGCAUGAUACCUCCAAGUUAGAAGAAUCACAGGAGACUGUCUUAGCUGUUGAUUUGCCUGAAGAUGACGUGAUACCUGGGAAGAACUUGGAAGGUUUUCUAGGAGAUAUUGGAAUUAAGUCACCUAAAGAAGAGGUAGAGAAAAUCCUUCAGUCAGAUUUUGUUUCUGAAGACAACAUGGUUAAUGUUAAAGACUAUAUGAAGACUCUGAGUGACACCCAGAAAUUUUCCAAUUUUAUUGGAACAGAAGAUCCUUGGAACAUUGGUAAUAGUGUCUCUGAUGGGAAAGUUGCAGUUAAAGACUUUUUACCUACCUUGGAGAAAUCUUUGAGUAAAGAACAACUUAGAAACUCUACAACAGAUGAUUUAUAUAAAGAGAUUACAACUCUUGAAAAGAUCAGAAAUGAUAAGAUGCCUAUAAAUAAACUGAGCUCCCAACUCUUGAGUGCUGGAGUUCCUUUAAGCAACAAGGCAUUCCAGGAGAUUCUGAAUGAAACAUCUACUGAUGAAACUGGUGAAGUAAAUCUCAAACAAAUUUUGGAAACUUUUAACACAAGUAAGCCAGUUUCUGAAUUUAAAGAUAUACACACUGCUCUCAAUACUGUCAGCUUGAUGAACUGCAACAGAAUUCAAGCUAAUGACUUAAAAGAUGCUUUUGAUGAACUCAGUAUUUCUGUAAAGCCUGAAGAACAUCAGAUGUUAGAGAAAACCCUUGACAUUGAUGAAAAGGGGCAUGUUUCCCUGAAGUCUGCCGUAUUAGCAUUGAAGAGCAAUAAGCGUUUUCAAGAUUUUAGGGAGGUUCAUAAACUUGCAAAUGCCUUAGACAAAGUUACCAAUGAAAAAGUUGAUGUUGAUGAUAUACAAUCUAUACUGAGUGGCCUGGGGGUUUAUUUUCCAGAAGAAGAAUUACAAGAGAUGCUUUCAUCAGUUUCUGUUGAUAAACUAAAAGGUCCCAUGAAAGCUCUGGCCUCCAUUAGGAAAAAUAUGGCCAAUCCUGAUGACCUAGGUUCCAUGAUGAAAAAUAUAGGAGUUCCAUUACCCCAAGAUGUGAUUCAAAGUGCACUGAAGAAUGUGACUAUCAUGGAUAAUGGGAUGGUGAAUUUAGAAGAGUUUAUGGGCAAUUUGGUCAAUUCAGGAUUUUCAUCUCCAUCUGAAAAAAAAAUCGAGAUCAGUAACCUGGAUAAUUUCAUGGAUGAUAUGGGAAUUGAACCUACAUAUAAAGAACAUAAAGAGCUGGUAAAUCAUCUCCCAGCUAGUGCUGAUGAGAAGAUAAAUCAGCUCAAAUUGAUGGAUACCAUGAAUACUCUUGAAGCUGAGAGAAAAAUAAAUCAGAUGAGACCUACAGAUACCGUGGAGGCUCUUAAAGGAGAGAUGGUAAAUAUCAGAGACCUGGACAGCAUACUAGGAAACAUGGGCAUUGAACUCACCAAAGAAGAACUUGGAGAGCUGAGAAGAAACCUUCCCAUUAAUGCUCAAGGGAAGACUGAUCUGAAAACACUGAUGGAUACAGUACAAGUUAUUACAGGAGGAGAAGUUGACCUCAGUGACUUGGAUAAUGUCAUGCAAAAUAUGGGAAUAGAGCCCACACCUAAAGAACACUUGGAGCUAGUGAAUUUACUUCCAGUUUAUGCUACAUCUGAUGGAAAAAUAUAUAAGAAUAGGUUGUUGAACUGUGUGAAAGCUACAAAAGGAUUGCAAGUUGGUGUUCAGGAUCUUGAUGCUAUUCUUGGAAACAUGACAGUCAAACUCGCAGCUGAGGAACCUAUUGACCUAACUCCAUAUAUACCAGUUGAUGAAGGAGAGGUUGUUGUCAAUGACAUGAAAAAAAUUCCUGGAAACAUGGGAGUAGAACUCAAAGAAAAGGAACAUGAGUUGGUGAACAACGUGCCAAUUAAUGGAGGGAAGGUUAACCUGAGUACUUUGGACAGCAUUCUGGGGGAAAUGAGAAUUAAACUCAUAGAAAAGGAAAAGGAAAAACUGACAGAAAACCUGCUAGCUAAUGGAAAAAAGGUUGAUGUCGAUGACCUUCCAAAUCUUCUUAGGAAGAUGGGAAUUGAGCUGACAGAUAAGGAAUGCUCAGAACUGAAGAAAAUCCUACCAAUCAAUGUUAUUAAAACUUUCGGCUAUGAGUAA